CGACAUCGCUCCUAUCUUCACCCAAAAUGCCAAAUACUCUGGCUACUUCACGCUAGAUGUAUCAGUUACAGACGAAGCUCCCGAAAACAACCAAGACACAGCCCAAGUCAACAUCUACCUAGCUACCUAGUCACGGAUAGCAACCUCGUCAAAUUUACCUUUGAAAACGACCUCGACACCGUCUCCAACUUGAGAGAAAACGCCACCGCAGUCUUGGACGAAAUCUUCAAAAACGAGAGCUACGUCAGCAAAGUGCUGAGCCCCACACAAGGAGAUCCCGUCAACGACAACCCUCGUACAAACGCUCCAAUUUACUUCGUCAAGACCACCGACAACUCCCCAGUAGAAUCAAGCAACAUCUACCAGAAAGUCACGGACACCAACUUCUUCAGACAACUCCAGAGAGCGUUUUUGGCGAUCGGUUUGAGCCUGCAGAGUUUUGACUCGGAAGCUGAUACUACGAACAACAUGGAGGAGACGCUGAAAGCGUGGCUUAUCGGAGUAGGGGUAGUUUUGGGGUCGCUAUGUCUGAUUCUUCUGAUUGCGUUCAUCUUGAAAACUCGGACUUUGAACCAGAGGAUUGAUAAGUUGUCCAACACCAAGUUCGGCUCGCAGGAGUCCGGGUUGAACAGGACCGGAGUUACGGCUCCUACUACCAAUAAACACGCAGUGGAGGGCUCGAAUCCGGUGUAUAACAACGAAAUUGACACCAAGGAUAUCGAUCGGAGGAGUGUCACCAGUGGUGAUUCGGACUUGAUAGGAGUUGAGGAUGACGAGAAAUUUAAUGUUGGGGAUGGCGACAGAUAUAAUAUCGAGGAUGACGAUAAAUUUAAUUUCGACGGAGACGGGUCGAUGCACAGAGAAAAUGUUAUAGAGUAGAUUUAUCCCUAAUUUUGUAUUAUUUAUUUAAGAUAUGUAAAUAUCGUAUUGUAUUAUAGUAUAAAUACAUUUUUUUAUUAAA